AUGAAGUUCACCGGAGUUGCCAUUUCCUUCGCUCUUGCUGGCCUUGUCUCUGCUGCUGCCCUCCCUCCUCUUCCUGGCAGCGACGCUGUUGGCGGCCUUGAGAACACCGCCGCUGGUGUGAAGCGUGAUGCGGGUGAUGCCGUCAGUGGUGUUGCCUAUGGUGUCAGUAGCUCUCUGAAUGGAGUCACUGGUAUUGCUGGCAGUGUUGCAGGCACUGGCGAGAGCACCACUGCGGGUGCUGUUGGCACCGUCGAGAAGGGAGUUGCUGGCGCUCUUCCUGGAGCCAAACGUCAACUCGGCCCCGCAGGGGGCGUUGUCGGUGGUGCCACUAGUGCCACCGAGGGUCUCCUUGCUAGCGCUGGUGGAAUGGUCCACGCAAAGCGUGAUGGUGGUGAUGCGCUGAGCAAUGCUGUAUAUGGCACUACUAGUUCCCUGAACGGAGUGACUGGCAUCGCUGGAAGCGUCGCGGGCACUGCUGAGAGCACUACUGCAGGUGCUGUCGGUACUGUUGAGAAGGGAGUUGCUGGUGUUCUCCCUGGUAAGCCAAAGUUCCCUAUGCACCACAUGUAA